AUGAAGGCCAAAUCUGAGCAACGUGAUGAUGGCAGCUUCAUGCGAAUCGACGUCAUUUCCAUGUUGAAGCUGUUGCUAGUCUCUGGCAUCGCUAUCACGUUUCUCGCUCUCUUUGUACUGAUCGGCUUCGGUGGAUCGCCUGCAGUAGCCAACUCCGACUGGACGAGCAGUCCAACACGCUGCACGUCGGACUUCUCCAUCAGUCUGUAUAAGGAAUGCCUCGGCCCCAACAGUACGACCACAGUUAACGACACUGACACUAACGGAACAGUCUCUGCUAUCGACGAGGUUCUGAGUCUCUCAUCCAGCGAGCAAAGGUCCGUCCUAACUUGCAUGUUCGACUCGUGCACGAACCGAACGAACCGUCCAUUUGCCAGCAACGAACAAAGCCUUCAAGUCGUGCACUACUCGUUCGGCCUCAACGGAUUGAAGCAACUUAACCGCUACUUCUACCUAGAAGCCUCGUUCCCAAACUUGAAGAAGACAACUCGGUCUUUUGACGUCACCAUGACUCCGCAUGUCAAAGGGUUCUACCUCAACGAGAGCAGCGGCAAUCAAACGUACGCGAACAUCAUCACUAAUGUCGUGCAAAAGACUGUCACUGUUGAGUGUGAUAAGGGUGAAGCUUACUGUGAACCGGCCUAUUUCCUACGAUUUGGAGAUAUUGACUUCAACGACUACCAAGUGGACGUGUUGUUUAACUCUACUGAGAGCUUGGCAUUGAACGGGUCCAACGUUCAAUUCCGCAAGACGUGGGGCACCGAAUCGUUCACCACAUGGCUCAUUGGUUGGUACAUCUACAACGUCAACAAGCUGUCGUCACGUGAACAGAACGUGGAACAAGGGUUCGUCGUGGCUCUUGUGCUGUCGCUGAUCCUUUUUAACGACCCCUUUUACUUCACCGAGGCCACGUACGGCAGCAACGCGGCUCGGAUUCUCAGCGUCGGGUUCCAAGUGACGUUCUUCCAGAUGCUGCUACUGUUCUGGUUAGUCGUCAUUGACAAUUUACGUCUUCAAGGAAUGGAAAACGGCGUGUCGAAUGUGAAAUUCUUCGGUCCCAAGCUGAUCUUCGUGGCGUUUUUCUGGCUGAUCAUGGCGAUGUACUAUGGAUACAUCAAGUACAACCGCAACAACGACGUCACGUGGGAUCCUCUAGCGGAGAACAACACAUUUGCGUCUCUCAAAGCGCUUUGUGGACUGUUUAGCGCCAUCUUCAUCGUCUGGUUCGUAGCUCUUAUCGUCAUGAGUUUCCUGGAGAGCUCUCGCCCACUCCUCUAA